GGACACAGCAGAUCACCGAUCACGGAAAGAGCCGAAGAUGUCGUCUCCGUCAUGUGAUCAGCUGUGUCCAAUCACAGCUGAUCACAUGUAAACAGGGAAAUGCCGAUUAUCGGAUUUCAGCACCACCUGUAGGUGUCCAUCAGUGCCUUGUGUCAGUGCUCAUCAGUGCCUCGUGCCAGUGCCCAUCAGUGCCACAUCAAUGCCACAUAUCAGUGCCUACCAGUGCACAUCAAUGCCACAUAUCAGUGCCCAUCUGAGCUGCCUUUCAGUGUCACACCCAUCAGUGCCAGUCAGUGCCACCUAUCAAUGCCAAUCAGUGCUGCAUAUCAGUGCCAAUCAGUGCUGCAUAUCAGUGCCAGUCAGU